CGGAGGCGAUGCGCUCGCGACCAAGGAGGAGCAGUGGGAGCGGCCGACGGAGUGCGCGCCGACCAGAUCCUCGACGCCGAGGCCAUGGGCGGCGAACCGGGCGGAAAGGGUGCCGAGAGCACCUGCCACUAGAUGCUAAAAAGAAAUUCAAGUGUCAACUCUCAACUUUUAUGUGGCUUCGUUCAAAUUCAGCAGGAAACUCUCGGCUGUUCUUUCAAGCUGGGAGGUGGAUGAGUUUGGUACGAAGAUUCGUGCGUUCUUUAGUUGCUCACUUAAAACGGUUCGUUCACCGGCAGAAAUUUGGUUUGACAUUUUUUUUCAUUCCGGACAUAUAACCACCGCACUCCAACAUUCACGGCCACAGCGGACUAAACUAUGAAUUAGCGUUUGUACCCCGCACGGCCGAGUCUGCUGCCACGUAGACCUUCACUGCAUCCCUCCAGCUACCAAGUUCAGUUUAAAACGGGCCACGGCUGAAUAGCCUGAUAUAGGUACUAAAGUAGCCUCACCCCAAAGAAAACCAAAGUGCAAGUUGCCAAAACUUGUGAACUGUUAUCGGCAAAAUCAAGCUGCGCAAGAAAUGGAGGGAAGAUCAUACAAGCCAUGACCACAAAGUCUCUCCAACUUCGGUUUCUCUGCUAUUAUAUUUGCACCGCCUGCAGCAAGAACAGCAUGCGUCGGAGUUCAGGCAGGCAGAGAGCUUAGCACCGGCAUGGCGAGCAAGCGAGCGAUGUCGCGGUCUCUCCUGGCCGCGAUCGCGACGGCGGUGCUUAUCCGCCGCGUCUGCUGCGCCGCCGAUGCUCCGGCGGCGGCGCCGGCGAACCAGACGCGGCCCCCGGCGCUGUUCGUGUUCGGGGACUCCAUCGUGGACCCGGGCAACAACAACGCCCUCACCACGCUGAUCCGCUGCAACUUCCCGCCCUACGGCCAGGACUUCCCCGGCCACAACGCCACCGGCAGGUUCAGCAACGGCAGGGUCCCCAGCGACAUCCUCGCCAGCCGGCUGGGCAUCAAGGAGUACUUGCCGGCGUACCUCGGCACGGAACUCAGCGACUUCGACCUCCUCACCGGCGUCAGCUUCGCCUCCGGCGGCUGCGGCUUCGACCCCCUCACCGCCGAGCUCGUGUCGGUGCUCACCAUGGACAACCAGCUGGACCUGUUCAAGGAGUACAAGGGGAAGCUGGAGCGCGUCGCCGGCGCGCGGCGCGCGGCCGAGAUCGUGGCGACGAGCGUCUACAUGGUGGUCACCGGCACCGACGACCUCGCCAACACCUACUUCACGACGCCGUUCCGGCGGGACUACGACCUCGAGCCCUACAUCGAGUUCGUCGUGGGGUGCGCCUCGGACUUCAUCAAGAAGCUGUACGGGCAUGGCGCGCGGCGGAUCAACAUCGCCGGCGCGCCGCCCAUCGGGUGCGUGCCGUCGCAGCGGACCAACGCCGGCGGGCUCGACCGGGACUGCGUGCCCCUCUACAACCAGGCCUCCGUCGUGCUCAACGCGGCGCUGGAGAAGGAGAUCAAGCGCCUCAACGGCAGCGCCGAGCUCCCGGGCUCCGUGCUCAAGUACAUCGACCUCUACACGCCGCUGCUCGACAUGAUCCAGCGCCCCGCCGCCUACGGAUUCGAGGUGACGAACAGAGGGUGCUGCGGAACGGGGGUGUUCGAGGUGACGCUCAUGUGCAACCGCUACACGGCGCACGCGUGCAGGGACCCCAGCAAGUUCCUCUUCUGGGACACCUACCACCUCACCGAGAGAGGCUACGAGCUCCUCAUGCAGCAGGUUAUAAACCGGUACGGGCUCUGAAACGGAUUUCAUCAUGACCGCAGCGGAGGUUUCGGUAUACAAUGACGGCGCAGUUUGUAGUUCAGAGGCUUUCGCUGAAUCUUGGGUGUCCUGAUCAAAGAUGUGUGUGUUCUGAUCCUGUAGUUGAACUGCAGCCAAAGCAAUCAGCAGUUCAUUAUCAUGUCCCCGGAUUGUAUUGUGGUAAUAUGCCAGCAGCAAAUUGCUUAUUUCUGUUGCAACAA